UGGACAGACGGUUCCACCACUAGUGUGACUGACGGGAAGUCAAGACACACGCCGAAUCAGCUGCAAUGACGCGUCUGAGACUUCUCCUGGUUUCCGCGUGGCUCAGUGUCACUGUGAGCACAGGGAUGGACGUGCAGAAGAGAAUCGUCGGAGGUAACGAAUGUGAGCGUCACUACCAUGUCCACCUGAGGAUAGUUUUUGCCGAUGGAACGAGCUCCUUUUGUGGCGGCUCUCUGAUCAGUGACCAGUGGAUUGUGACUGCUGCUCACUGUCACGAGCCCGGUUGGACUAUGUAUGCAGAUUUAAGUGGGGGUGUAGAUGGAGGAGAGGAAAUCACAGCAGCACCUGUGAAGUAUGAAGACGUCCAGAAAAGGCCUCAUGACAUCAUGCUGCUGAAGCUUCCACAAGCCACGACGAUUAAACCUGUUGGACUUCCAGACUGUGACAAACGUCCUUUAACAGUUCAGAUUGCAGGACACGCGGCCACUAGUGGAAAACCUGAUGGUAAAAGGAAUCCAGCUCUUACACCCAAGCUCCACUGUGCAGACUUCAAGUUGGUCGACUGUAAAAGCCUCAUUCAGAGAUUGAAGGCCGAUAUCCCAGAACGUUACUCACGCCGGUCGCAUCAGCACUGGUUCUGUGCCAAAACUGAUUUGGUGGAUGGAUGUUUUGGAGACUCUGGUGGAGGAGCCGUGUUCGAAGACAAGAUUUAUGGAGUCGUUUCUUUUACUGGUGAUCCUAAAUAUGUAUGUAGAGAAGAUAUUGGAAUCAUGGAUCUUUGCAAUCAAGACUACAGAAAAUGGAUUGAUGACACUAUUAAGACCUAGAAACCAAAAAAAUGGGUCUCCACAAUGCUGUAGUGUACAGUAAAGACUAAUGGGAAACACUGUUUGGUCUCUGUUGUUUUAACCCAUAAAUAAAAUCAUACAAAUUAGAAA